AUGGUCAAGCAGGAGGACUCGUUCAUUGUCAGCAUUAUCCUACAGGCGCAUGGCUACAAAUGCAGAAUCAUCGAGGAAGAACAUAAGCAUGGCCUGAAUGCGCUGACUUACACCGAUAUGGCCAAGUUGCAGGUGAAGUGGAUGACCGGCAUCAUCCAUGCCUACUCGCUAUUCACGCAUGCGAUAAUCGCAGACAAGCCUGUCGGCGCUCGCGUUGCUGGCCUGAUCCCGGUCCUCCAUAUGACGAUUUUCCGACUGUUCUUGAUGAUCUCGCUUCCCACCAUCGUCCUUCUGGCCAACACUACUGUCGUCCCCAACUACAGCAUCGACCUACCCAUCUCGAUGUUCCUGGCCCUCGUAGCAUACUCAUCCUCAUACAUGCUUUCAUGGAGCUUGGCAGAAGCUGCUGAGGGCACCAUCGGUCUUGACGACGGCACUCGUCUGUGGAACCUGCCAUACCAGCUAAAGGGGAUCAUGUGGCUCGUACAUCACUCCGUCUUCGGCGAGUCCAAGAUGCCGAAGUUCCUAACCACUGGUGCCGAAAGCGCAGCAAGCAGGGCUAAAGCCAACUCCAGCCUGAUAGGCCGCCUGUAUCAUACCAUUGUCUAUGACGGAGCCUGGAUGCACCUUACGUACUUCUCCUGUCUGACGGUAACCCUCUACUGGACAAUCACGAAAGCGCUCUCCACUCAGCCAGCAUCUCACCAAUGGCUGGCAGCCUCCAUCGCCUUCCCGCCCUUCACAAAGAUCUUACUGGACUGCUUGUACAACUCUGUCACCCCAGUCAUAUACGUCCUCUCCCCAGAUCCGAACAAGAAGACGAGGGAGGAUUUCCUGGAGCGCGAUGAAAAGACUAAUGUCGCGAAGCCAUUGCUGGAGGCUAUCACACCACCGAAGCCAGCUUUCUUUGGCACGUUUGGUGUGACUGGUCUGAUGUGGCUGUACUUUGGCCUUGCGCCGUUCCUUGCCACUGCGCGCUGGAUGCAGAAAGUGUAA